UUCUCUCGCUGGCACCGCGCAUGCGCCAUAUGUCUCCUUCAUUGUGCCCUGUCCCCUCUUAUGCUAAGCUAACGUAGCUGUCAAUCCACUCAGCAGCAUCACGACCAGGGACACUCCAGGCUCCGCAGGCUCCCCCUCCAGACACCUUAGCACCGCACAAUGGCUGUCCCUCCGUCAUACUCAGACCUGGGCAAAGCUGCCAAGGAUAUAUUCAGCAAGGGCUACGGCUUUGGAGUUGUGAAGCUGGACCUAAAGACCAAAUCACAAAGUGGAGUGGAGUUCAACACAUCGGGCUCCAGUAACACAGACACAGGGAAGGCUGCAGGGAGCCUGGAGACCAAAUACAAGAUGAAGGAGCUGGGCCUGAGCUUCAACCAGAAGUGGAACACAGAUAACACGCUGGCCACCGAGGUCACUGUGGAGGACCAGCUGACUCAAGGACUGAAGGUUGCCUUGGACACGUCUUUUGUACCAAACACAGGUAAGAAGAGUGGAAAGCUGAAGACAGGCUACAAGCGCGACUACGUGAACCUGGGCUGCGACGUCGACUUCGAGGGUCCCAUCAUCCACGCUAACGCCGUGUUGGGCUACGAGGGCUGGCUGGCUGGCUACCAGAUGGCCUUCGACACAGCCAAGUCCAAACUGGCCCAGAACAACUUUGCCCUCGGAUACAGGGCCGGGGACUUCCAGCUGCACACCAAUGUUAACGACGGCACUGAGUUCGGCGGCUCCAUCUACCAGAAGGUGAACGACGAGCUGGAGACGGCGGUCACUCUGGCCUGGACCGCCGGCAGCAACAACACUCGCUUCGGCAUCGCCGCCAAAUACAAGCUGGAUAAAGACGCCUCUGUGUCUGCCAAAGUGAACAAUGCCAGUCUGAUCGGAGUCGGCUACACCCAGAGCCUUCGGCCAGGUGUGAAGGUGACCCUCUCAGCCCUGAUCGACGGGAAGAACUUCAACGCCGGCGGACACAAAGUCGGGAUGGGCUUCGAGCUGGAGGCAUAAAGAGGAGAACAAAGAAAACACAAAGCCACACACUCCUCUGCCACCCACCCCCACACAGUCCACCACCAUCAUGUAGCUACUCUCUGGACUCUCCCUCACACUCCCCGCCCCCCCCGUUCACACAAUUCAUGAGCAUUUCUGACGGUAAUAGUCGAGCCUCGGCAUCAUGCUUAAACACCCCUGAGAGGAGUUGUGAGGUUGUCAAUCUUGAAAGUGACGGCGCAUAGUUGUGGAUUAUUAGCGUUUUUAUGGUCAUUGAAGUGACACUAUUUAUUUCCCUGUAGGUUUGGAUGACGUAGUUGUAAAUGUAAAUGUGUAGCUCCUGUAUUCAGUUGUUUCCUGCCUUCCUUAAAGCAUGUAAGAAUGAACACGUGGAUGCAGAGCUGAAAGCGUCUUCACUUGGUUUAAAAAAAGAAAAAGGUGCCGAGUGUCUGUUUGCUCUUUUGUUUGUUUUUUACUGGUUUGAGCUCUUUUGGCCGUGUUGUUGGAAUCUGUGGACGAUUUAAUCCAUAUAAAUGUUUUGAUACAACACGUCAUGAACAUGUGACUGGUUUAAGUUGAGAACUAAAGACUGAAUGAAGGAUAUUUAAAACUGCUUUACAGGAACAAUGAAAGUCAACGGGAGACCAUUUCAGCCACACUCAUGAAAGGAAAAAGAUUGUGUAAAUCAUUAUGCAGAAACUCUCGAAAUAAUCAAUCCCAGUUCACUCUUUGCCCCAAACACUUUGUUCUUAGCGCUCUGUUUCCUGCGUUCACGUCUAGUGGUAGGGUGUCUCAGGAUGGACACAUGGCCCUCCAAACGGAGGUAUUCUAGAGGCACACUUCACUUUCACUUUCACGAAAUCGUCAGUAAGAUUGCUGCACAAGCAACAAAAGAAACCCACAAAGAUAUUUUCUUCUUAAAUAAAGAUUUAAAAAUUACACUAACCGUCAUCGUUUCAAUAUAUUGUGGUCCUUGUCUUUAUAACAAGCAUAACAACAAAAAAACGCAAGUGGCAUGCUGAUGUCUCGGUCGCUAACUAGCUAGCUAGCUAAUUGUUACUGCUGACUUGUGCAUGACAGUCCGGCAUUUUCAAUGUCUAUGUUGAGUUACCUCCAGCUGUCAGAGGCAAAGUUGCUGCGCUUGUUGCUUUGCUAAUGUUGGUGCACACUGGCAAGGUACGUAGACACACGGGUUGCUAACGUUAGCCUACAGAACACCGCUAGUCAGUACCUCAAGAAUUUCACGGGCUGUUUUUCGUGAUUGUUGCGGCCUGAAAUUGCUGAUUACACGGCAGCUGUUCUAGUAAGUUGCGAUGCAUGUUGCAAUACUUUAAGCUUUUUUUUUUUUGAAAAAAAAAAAAAAAGUUGCAGAAACAAAUAAAAAUUGCAAAAAUAGAUGCAAUGCUGUCUCGGAUUUGGUGCCUAUUAUUACGAGCAUUAAGUGUUUCCCAUAGAGUAAGAAUCUUUUUGUAACGGUAGGCUGAUCGAUCACCGAUGAACAGCUGUUGCUGCCAUUCCGCUCAGCGCCAAAGGACCGUCUAGAUGAGCUGCUGUCCUCCUGCUCUCCCUGCCCGGUUAGCACGAGCUAACACAGCAGCGGCAGCUAACAUCCGACACCGAGCUGUUUAACAGUCCAGGGUUCCCACGGUCAUGGAAAACCUGGAAAAGUCAUGGAAUUAGAAAAAAUCAUUGAACGUUUUGACAAAGUUGCAUGUGAUAAAACAAACAGUCUCAGUGUGCAAAGGCCUUAAGACUUGUGAACCAAUCAUCUGUGCUUUUCUGUCUCCAUCAGAUAAAUGGCAACUAUAACUGUGAUAAUACCAUUAUUGCUUCACGUGAACACCAUCAAUACUGAAGACACGUCAGGGUGUUGAAAGGUUGCUUCAUCUCAUAGACGAAGAUUUCCACCACUUCCUCUUGUCACUCUGUUCCAACGGGCAGUGUGACUGGAGAACGAGGGUUAGGGGUAAAAUAAAAAAUGGGAUUGAGCCAAUGAUGAGAAACUCUCGAAAUUUGCACAGGCCUAUGUGUUGUCUAGAAUUUUGUCUUGGUAGGUCAAAAUAUUGAGAAAGUUUCUCAUUAUUUUAAGAAAGUUUUUUUUCUUCACAUUGGCAGAAAUGGUCUCCCGUACCAGAUGCUCCGAUAUGAUCUUUUAUUCCUUUGUGACCUCUGGUAGGUGAACUCAAUGUAGUGGAAUCUUCUGGUAGCUUGUGUAGUUAGUUUGCAUUUCUACAAUAUUGUUUUCAUCUAUCCGUCACGGUCACAAACAAAGAAGGAGAACACUUUGCAUCUGCUCGUAAGCGUCUCGUACAGUAAGUAUCGUGGCUGCUCAGUCACAUUUGGGCGUCUCAACUGGACGGCCAGCUGUUUCCUCAUGUUGCUUGGGGACUUCGCUCGUUGCUGUCAGUGCUCACAUCUGGAAAACAACGUACACUCCUCAGAUCUGUACAGAAAGUACACUCGAUUGUCCUCUGAGUGACUCCGGUUAAAACACUUAAUAGGAAAAGGUCGUUGUGCUCCACGUCUUUCCUGUUUCUUUUCUUUUUUUUUUGUUUUUUUUUUGUUUUGGUAAACAUGCAUCCAAAUGGGUUUUUUUCUCCAUCUAAUUGUGUCGUCAUGAUUAUAAGGCUCAUUUUUCUUUGUCACUUAGACACAGUACCUCAUUUUUUUCCAAUGUCAAUGAAGGGAAAUAUAAUAAUAAAAAAAAAAUUAAAAACAA